UCGUAAGUAUUUAUUAUUAUUGGUCAAGUACAAUAAUCGAAAUUUAUCUAAGUUUUUGCUAAAUUAAUGGAUAAUUUAUAUUUAAUUAUUCCCAGUAAUUCCCACUCCUGACAACGACUUAUUUAAAUUAAUAGCCAUGAAGGAGGCUCAGACGGAUUUAUGUACACGCUACAUUAGAAUUUUUAUUGUAGUUUCAUGUUAUUGGGUUGUAUCAAUAGCAACAGUGUUUGUUAAUAAAACAUUAUUGAGUGGACAAAGUGUAGCUUUGGAGGCACCACUAUUUAUCACUUGGUUCCAGUGUGUUGUAUCAUUCACAAUAUGUUUUUCAUUGAGCAACACAGGUGGCAUCCCUGGUGUGUUCAACUUUCCCACUGGCACACCAUGGAGAUUAGAAGUAGUAAGGAAGGUGAUACCACUUUCGUUAAUGUUCACAUUGAUGAUAGCAACUAACAACUUGUGCCUGAAAUAUGUGGGUGUCUCAUUCUACUACAUAGGCCGAUCGCUCACCACUGUAUUCAAUGUGCUAUUCAGUUGGAUAUUGCUUGGACAAACCACAUCUCUAAGGUGUAUUCUUUGCUGUGCAUUCGUUAUAUUUGGAUUUUACCUGGGCGUGGACCAAGAAAGUUUAUUAGAUUCGUUUUCUCUCAUAGGCACAAUAUACGGAGUUGUAGGAUCACUCAUGUUAUCCCUCUACUCCAUUUAUACAAAGAAAGUACUACCAAGUGUAAACCAAGAAGUGUGGUUGUUGUCAUACUACAACAAUGCCUACUCUAUUAUCCUUUUCUUACCGCUAAUUAUUAUGAAUGGAGAAGUGCACGUGUUGUGGAACUACAACAACUUUGAUAGCCUAUGUUUCUGGGUGCAAAUGGUGAUUGGCGGGGUGUGCGGGUUUGCAAUAGGCUAUGUCACAUCUUUGCAAAUAAAGGUGACGUCACCAUUGACCCAUAAUAUAUCUGGCACCGCGAAAGCCUGUGCUCAGACAAUAAUGGCCACACAGUGGUAUAGUGAAACAAAAAGCAGUCUAUGGUGGACUUCAAACGCGAUAGUGCUGGCCAGCAGUGCAAUGUACGCAAGGUUUAAGCAAAUUGAAAUGGAGGUUAAUUCUAGGAGACCAGUGCCAGAAGAGAAAAAGAGUUUAGUAUGAUCAUAGACAAAGUAGACUAGGAACGUAAAUGCAUUUGUAAAUAUUUUCAACUUUUGACAUGACUGCCAAUAAAUGACUGCUAAUGUGUGUAUGAAUGAUGAUGUAUGAAUGUUCAGAUUUUCAUGUAAUAUGUUUUUAUUAAUAAGGAUCUCGUUGAAUUUGUUUGUAUUAAUGCAAGAUAUACUACUACAGUAUAAAAUUAAUGUGACGAUCAUAAAUUUAUUAAAAAAUGUUUAUACUUUCUUAUAUUUAACUAAUCUAAUGUAGACUUAGUUGGAAAGGCCAUCCCAAACAAAGUUCAUGGGAUUGAACAAUUUUCCCCAAGGAAUAUAUUCGAAAUAUGGAAGCAUACAAAAAAGCGAUAACACAAAUGAUAUAGCUUGAAAAUAAAAAAAAAAAACUAUACUUUUAUAUUUUGAUGAUAUUCCUUAGAAAAAGGUUUUUUAAUUUCAUGAACUGCUUUUCUAAUUGGUAUACCCUUUCUAAUUAAUCUUGUUAUAUUAUGUUAUUGUUUAUAAAAAAAAAGGGCCAGUGCAAAUGAGAUACAAAAUUAUGAGUUUAAGAAAAAAGUUGCUGUAAGCAACUGUUAAUUUUAAGCUAACUAAUUAUUACAAUUACCUACAUUUAUAAAUUUAUUGUAUGAUACCAUAAUACUUUCUUGUGUAUGAAAGGGCAUAUAAUUUUAUGUAAUGUGAAGGAUAGGACAGCCUGCUCAUCAUUGACAUAUCAGUUUUUAUUUUCUUAUUAUUAUUGUAUUAACCUUUAAUUAUCCACUGUUGAAUAAGCCUUCCUCUAAUUGGGAUUUUGCCAAUAGUUGCCACGGUUGUCAAGUUUAAAGAGAGACGCUGCUGCCUAUCCCUUGACCAUUAAGCUUAGUCACCUCUUACGACACCCACAGAAAAGGAAGGGGUCCUUGGCACUUUACACUUGGCAUAUAUAGUAAACAUAACGGUACUUUUCUUUUUUGUCGAUAACUGUACACGAAAUAAAUAGGUAAAAAGGAAUAAAAUGGUAUGAUUUCUUUAAAAAAAUAAAAUAAAAAAUUAAUUUUGGAAAGAACACCAAGAUUUGGUUACUAAAUAAUGCCCAAUAUAAAAAUAAUAACACGUAAUAUAUAUACAUAUUAGUUUAUAUUAUAAAAUUAAUGUCACGAAGUCAAUUUCACUACAUAUAUUUUAUCCGCAGUUUUAAUUCUUAAUGCGUCAAUUAAUGUCACAAAGCCAAAGUCGCCACCUUAGUUGUUAAAUAUUUUCGACACACCAAAGCAAUACAUUGAGUAUGUUUACCCAGCUGGUAUUUAUUCCGACGUCACGUACUUUUCUAGAAUAUGUAAUAA